GGCUGGAUAUGGGGGAGCCACCGCACAGGCCCGUACGAUCGAGAUAAAAACACUUUUUUUUUUUAUGUGCACCUACCGGGGAAACUACACAAAGACACCGAGCUGGGGAGGCCUUAGGAGGACGGGGAAACAACCGAGGAAGUGAAGGGAAAGGGGGGACACGGCUACUGACCCAUCCCGGCGCAUCAGGGGAGAAGCAGCGAGAGAAAGGAGGAGAAGAAGGAGAAAUAAUUCCGCUCGACCCGAUGGACUGAGAGGACAGAUGAAUGAAGACUGCCUACACUAACGCCUAUCGAUGCCUGGCCAAGGACCUGGACGCCUAUGCCAUGAACACGGACAUGACAAUGGACGGCAUUGGCAGCCUGCAUGGCGGGGUGGCCGUGGGCUCCGUGGUCCCUGACGUGGAGCUGAUGAGCGGCCACAGCCCGCACCACGGCCGCGGAAGCUCGUCGGGGGGACACGGGGCGGCGGCGGCAGCGGCGGCCACCCUGCGGAUACACCAGGACCUGGCCGCCGCCGCCGCGUCAUCCCGCUCCGCCAUGGUGUCCGGCAUGGCCACGAUCCUGGACGGCAGCGGGGAGUACCGGCCGGAGCUGUCCCUGCCGCUGCACCACGCCAUGAGCGUGCCCUGCGACACGUCCUCUCCCGGGAUGGGGAUGAGCAGCACCUACACCACCUUAACCCCGCUGCAGCCGCUGCCCCCCAUCUCCACCGUGUCGGACAAGUUUCACCAUCACCAUCACCACCACCAGCGGCUCUCCGGGAACGUGAGCGGGAGCUUCACCCUGAUGCGGGACGAGCGGGGGCUGCCGGGCAUGAACAACCUCUACAGCCCCUACCACAAGGACCACAUGUCCGGGAUGGGUCAGAGCCUUUCCCCGGUGCUGGGCAACGGCCUGGGCUCUAUACACAACACCCAGCAGGGUCUCCACAAUUACGGCACCACGACGCACGGAGGCCACGAUAAGAUGCUGAACUUCGAGGCGCACCACACCGCGUCCAUGCUGGCCAGAGGGGACCACCACCAGCACCGAGGCCUCGGUGGCCCGACGGCCGGGAUGAUGCCGCACCUGAACGGGAUGCACCACCCGGGGCACCCGGCCGUGUCCUCGGCGGGCCACCACCCCCACCCCCACCUCCAGUCUCCAUCCCACGGGCCCGUGUUGGCUUCCACCAGGGAAAGACCGCCCUCCUCCUCGGGGACUCAGGGGGUGAACAGCUCGGGGCAGCUGGAGGAAAUCAACACCAAGGAGGUUGCGCAGAGGAUCACGGCGGAGCUGAAGAGGUACAGCAUCCCCCAGGCCAUCUUCGCCCAGAGGGUGCUGUGCCGCUCCCAGGGGACCCUGUCGGACCUCCUGAGGAACCCCAAACCCUGGAGUAAACUAAAGUCAGGCCGGGAGACCUUCAGGAGGAUGUGGAAGUGGCUGCAGGAGCCCGAGUUUCAGAGGAUGUCGGCCCUCAGACUGGCAGGUGGAAGUACCUCCAGUUACUCACAGCUACCAGAGCUUCAUGGUGAUCAACACAAGCCCAGUCAGCAAAUGCCAGCCUGCAAACGGAAGGAGCAGGACACGGCGAAGGACCGCAACAACACGCCAAAGAAGUCGCGGCUGGUCUUCACCGACCUGCAGCGGCGCACCUUGCUGGCCAUCUUCAAGGAGAACAAGCGACCGUCCAAGGAGAUGCAGCUCACCAUCUCGCAGCAGCUGGGCCUCGAACUCACCACCGUCAGCAACUUCUUCAUGAACGCCCGCCGCCGGAGCCUGGACAAAUGGACAGACGACGGAGCCAGCCCCGGCGCCCAAUCUUCGGCGUCCAGCACUUGUACCAAAGCGUGAUAGUA